AUGCAGGUUUUCUUCAUGAACGUUGUGCUGCAGGUGGUCAGUGCGAAGGACCUGCAGCUGGUCGCUCAGUUACACACCAGCCAAGAGACGUGGCACAAGACAGCAGAGAACUGCAGCCUGUACAUUAACACAAAGGACUCUGAGGAGCUGAAGUUCCUCUCGGGCCUCGCUGAGCUCUGGAGAGUCGAGCUCCGGAGGUUCAUGUCUGAGCUGAAGAGGAGAGACCGAGACCAGAGCCAGGUCCUCUGUGGUCUUCAACAGGACAUCAGCAAGUGGAGGGUCUUCUGCUCCUCACAGACCGAGUGA